AUGGGUGAUCCUUUUCCUUUUUCAUCAACACCCUCGUCACAGUUUCCAGAAAAUGAACCGGUUUAUGGUUGGGUAGCAUCUGGGUUCUCGCAGACUUCCUUUCCAUCUCAAGGACCGUUUGAAGCGACAUCUAACCAGGCGGAGGCUUCCAAUGCCUCCGCUAUUGUUCCCCCAGAGCAUUCAUUGAACAGCAAGGUUGCAAUCCCACGAUCAGUGAGCUCAACAGCGGCGCCGACGCGCGGGCGGGUCAGUCGAGCGUGCGAAAACUGUCGCGAACAAAAAGUGAAAUGCAGCGGGCAACGUCCAUCAUGCCAACGAUGUCAGGAAUCAGGGAUCCAAUGCUCUUACGGCGACCGGAAGCGGGAGAAGUUGGCUAGGCGACUAAGUGACCUCACGACGCGGGUUGAAUCGUUCGAAACGCUGCUGCAAAUCAUCUAUCCAAACUUGGACUCUCUGUCCGCCCAGUACGUUGAACAGAUUUUGAGCGAUCAGUACGACAGCGAUCAGCCUUUGAACCAUUUACCGUCAGAACUGCCCUACCCUCUUUUCACCACUGAUCCGGGAUCUCCGAUUGGCACAAUCGACUUCACCGAUGAAGAUUUCAACCGCGAUGAGAAGAUACAAGCUAUGGGCUUCGUGGGGGAGCAUUCGGAGAUGGCGUGGAUGUACAGGCUGAAGAAGACCCUACAUCAUUUCCAGCAAGGUCCGUUGGGCAAGGACCUAGAUCGCAACUAUGUCACCAAAUUGAACUACUUUCUGGACGAUACCGAAGUAGUUAUCAUGGAGGACGUUGACUUGUUCCAGCGCCCGCUUCCUGCGGUUGCUGACCGUCUAGUCGAAAGCUAUUUUCACCUUGUGCAACCAUACUUUCCAAUCGUCAGCAAGGCCACCUUUCUAGGCCAAUACAAAUCCUUCUAUUCCACGCCUUCGGUCCGACCCGGAAAACGGUGGUUAGCAAUUCUUAAUCUAAUAUUCGCCAUUGCUACGAAGUACGUUCAUGAUUCAUCGAAGGAUACCGAAGCGAACGCACACGAUCAUAAAAUAUAUUUCUCUCGAGCAUGGAAGCUCAGUAUGGGCGACGUUACUCUUCUGGACCACCCAAAUCUUCAACAAGUGCAAGUCGAAGGGAUGUGCGCUUUUUAUCUCAUGACGGUGGGCCAGGCUAAUAGGUCUUGGAGGUUGUCGGGGAUUUCAGUCCAAUCAGCUGUUACGAUGGGGUUGAAUCUCCGAAAUGAGAGCAACAUUAUCUUCUAUAGCUCAAGAGAGAUUCGUUAUAGGGUCUGGUGGGCUGUAUAUGUUCUUCACGUCUUACUAUGUGUGAUGAGUGGUCGUCUCCCCAACAGCACCGAAGACUCCUGUACCACGCCUCUUCCGGUGCCGUUUGCCGAAGAAGAAUUCUCACGCAACGAAGUUGAGCAGUUAAUUGCAGACCAUGAGGCUCGAACGGUUUUCAUGCAGAAUCUAGUGUCGCGGUCCUCAACGCAAUCGGCAGAAAGAGCGUUGAUACCUGAGUUGACCAGGCGGCAAACUCCCAGCCCUGGCAGGCUUAGUGAUCGGAUUGCGUCGGCUGCUGCCCAUGUUCUUACGCCAAACGUUUCACUCCAUUUUCUCCACUUCGUCGAACUAGGGCUGAUCAUGCGACGGUCUAUUGAAGCCCUGUAUGCUCCGGGAGCGGGGCGAAAAUCAUGGCGCUCAAUUGAGAUGGUCAUCUCUGCGUUAAACAGUCGAGCAGACAGCUGGCUCGCAAAACUUCCAGCUGAGUUUCGUUUUCUCCAAGGAGCACCGGCUUGCGAAAGGGAACGACUCAAUCUUGCGUUUUCCUAUUAUAGCACCAAGAUACUCAUCACCCAACCAUGCCUUAGCCGCAUCCUUUCGCAGGCUUCAUGGGAUAACCAGAAUGAGAGCUUUUGCACUGCAAUGGCUGCUAUGUGCAUCGAUAUGGCUAGUCAAGUGUUGGAUCUCCUACCUAACACUCUGGACGUUGCUUGGGUCUGUCGAAUGUCGCCUUGGUGGUGUAUAGUGCACUAUAUCAUGCAGGCCAUCACCGUUCUCCUGAUUAGCUUGUUGAUCAAAGAGAAAGCGAACGCUGGUCAGAACUCAAGAACUAUUGAUAAUGUUUCCAAAGCAGCCGACUGGCUUUCCGUCUUGGCCGUUAAAGACCCAUCAGCACAACGAGCUUGGUCUGCUAUCCAGGAUUUGUUGGCUCACCGCGGAUUCGAGACUGUGAUGAAAUCUAGCCGAACCUGA